AUGUCAGACGAAGAGAAUCAAAAGGUUCAACAAAUAAAUAUCUUCCUUGACUCAAUUGGCUGGGGGAAAUACUCAACUUUUAAUUUUAUCGUAUGUGGAGGAGCUUGGUUUUCAAUAACUUAUUUGAGCACCGCAGUUUCAUUUCUAAUGAGAAGCGCUAAAGACGAGUGAGAUCUGGAGUCUUAUGAAGUCGGUUUAAUUAAUACAGCUCAUAUGUCAGGAAUUUUUCUAGGCUCUGCAAUUUUAGGCUUAAUAGGAGAUCGAUAUGGAAGAGUUUACGCUUUUAAAAUCUCAGGGAUUAUGAGUGUAAUUGGAGCAUUGCUGUUGACUUUUUCACAGAAUUACGCAAUGCUAAUACCAUUUACACAGCUGACAAUAAAUAAAAAAAAAAUUUUUUUAGCCAAAAGUAAUUUUUAAAUAAAAUUAAGACUUGAUUUUUCAAUCUUGAGGCUAAUUUUCUUUAUAUAGCAUACUUUUUAUAGAAGGUCUAGGAGCUGGAGGAGAACUAGCAACAGGUGGCCCGUCUUAUCUUGAAGCAUGCCCACCUAAAAAAAGAUGAACUUUAGUCCUCAUUUCAGCUUGCUGAAUAGUCGGAGCAAUCGGGGCAUCUCUAAUUGCUUUGAUCUUUACAGUAUCUGGAUUUUUUGACAUAGAAAUCUGAAGAAUCGUCACUUUUUGUGGCGCGAUUAUAGAGUUUAUUAAUUGGGUUCCCAGGUUAUUUUUAUAUGAAUCUUCAAGAUAUCUAUUGAUUCACCAUAGAGACGAUGAAAGUGAAAAGGUUUUAUGGUAAAAAACAUAUAGCAACAUUGCAAGAAUAAACAGAUCAGACAUUAAGCCAAAAUUCGAGGUACAAAUCGAAGAGUCAAGGCUUAGUGAAUCUUUAAAAGGUGAAGGGACUAGAGAAAGGCUUGUCCAUAAAGCAAAUACUAAGGAUUCUCUGAAAAUGAUACUAGGGAAAAAAUACAUUAAAUACACAUUACUUUUUACGUUUGUAAAGAAUAUAUAGACACUUAUGCUGGUAGAAAUCGCUUAUAGCACAAUGGCGUCAUUUAUGCCUAUAUUUUUGGACAAAGUAGGAGGGAAAGUGUCAGGGGAUACACAAUUAUAUUAUACUUUAAUUAUUCAACAGUCUGUAGGUAUUCCUGGGAUCUUUUUGUCAACUUAUCUUGUAGAAACAAGGCUGGGGAGAAGAUGGACAAUUUCUAUAUCAUUUUUGAUUAUGGGGGUUCUUAUAUUUUUAUUUUACAGCGCAGACAGCUAUCCACUCCUUGUAGUAUUUUCUUCACUGAUGUUCUUUUUUAACUAUUUAGGCUAUUCUGCACUAUAUACAAUGAUAGCUGAGUUUUUUCCUACAGAAGUCAGAUCAAUCGCUGUAGGAUGGACUAAUUCUUGGAAUAAAUUCGCAGGUGUUGUAACGCCAGCAAUAAUUGGAGUACUUUUAGGAAUGCCUGGAGGGCUAACCAUAUCUAUUCUUAUCUGUUCUAUCGGAAGUAUCUCCUCUGGUCUUCUCUGUAUGAAAUUACCAGAAACCAAAGGUGCUGAAUUAGGCUAA